AUGUCAUUUGUGAGUUGGAAUAAAUUAACUUUGGCUGAACUAAAGGAGUUGUGUUUAACUUGCAGGUUAACCUCAGAAGGGAAUAAGGAAGAGUUGGGUGAAAGACUUCAUGUCUUUUUUGAAAAGAGAAAGGAUAAACAACCUGAUUCUGAAUUUGUUGCAAGAGAGAUGAGCCAUGACCCAUACAUUGAUACAGAAGGGGCUGGUAAUGAGUUUAGUAAUAGUGGUGAUAGAGUAUUUAAAAGAAAGGGAAUUGCCGAUUUGGAGGAGGAUUGUGUUAAAUUGAAUUCACAAUUUGCAGAUAAUAACAUUAGAGAUACACUUGCAGCAGGUUUUCAAAGGCAGGAGCAAAGGUGCUAUCCAGAAGUUAUGUCUGCUGACAUGUUCUUGUCGGCCUUAAGAAACUUAGAAAAUAAGAUGGAUAAAAAUUUUUCAACAUUAUAUAAGGAGAUCGAGGAGGGUGAUUUGCUGAAUGAAGCAUGGCCUACUGUUAAACUCACAAAAGCCAGAGACCAGCAUGAAUAUGAUUUCCUCUCCAAAAUGGGCAGACGUUUGGAUAAAGCCAUUAAAUUGCUUCCUAAUAAUUUUAAAAAAGAUUUUAUUUGUAUUAGAGAUGACAUGGAAUCUAAAGCAGUUAUGUUGAGGCUUGUGAAUAAGAAAGGGUGGAAAACAGCCUUACAAAUUGUUCCUUUAGGAAAAAUAGAAAGAGAGGUAAAAGGACAUACUUCUUUCGAGGUAGAAAAGACUUUAAGUCCUCAGAUUGUACUAGGGAAAUCACCUGUUUUAACUGCAGAGGUUUUGGCCAUAUUGCAACAAACUGCCCUUUAG